UUCUGCCUCGUGAGUAGAGAGUAGUUCACAGUUUGCACGCUCCUGUCUCGAUAUCAGUGACACUUCGAUUAAUUAUCCGCCUCCUCGGGACGAACAUGCAUCAAGGAACGCGCACGAGCAGGAAGAAAAGCUCCAAACAUGCAAGCCGAUAACCAUCAAAUGACACCAAACACGUGCUGUCAUAUUUAGCUGGAUUGGAUCCAAAAUUACUCCCGAGCGUAAGCUUUGUCCCGCACCGGAGAGACUGGAUAUCAGCCUGCUUGCGUUUGCACCCUGCAGUCAGUUGCUGGGGACGCACGUUGUAAAAUGAGGUUUGGAAGCAUCAUUGCAUUCGUCGCUCUCUGCUCUUUUACCGCUUAUUAUAUUUAUGAGCCCAUUCCUGAGGAGAUAGAAGAAAGAUGGAAACUCAUGCUGACCAAUUCUUUCUUCAGAAGUCUCAGCAACCUGGCAGACCUCAGUGAAUUACUGGGGCUGAAGGACUACAUGGGGGUAAUGUACUUCAUUACUCUGGCUGAAAAGAUAGUGCCUGUGUCUGACGAGCAUGUCAAGGUGACAGAGGAGCAAUUUGAUGGAGUGGAGGUGGUGCUGUACCAGCCAAAGCAGAGUGACGGUGGAACUAAGCUCAGGAGAGCUGUCAUAUACCUGCACGGUGGAGGAUGGUGUCUGGGUAGUUCCCUUAUGAGCCCAUAUGAUCUUCUGGCCAGAAAAAUUGUCACCGAGCUAGAUGCAGUGGUGCUUUCUGUAGAGUACCGCCUUGCCCCUGCUUACCACUUCCCUGUCCCAUAUGAGGAUGUUUACCGUGUGGUCAAACACUUCCUUGAUAAGGGGGUGCUGGCCCAAUACUCUGUGGAUCCCGGACGCAUUGCUGUGUCUGGAGAUAGUGCUGGGGGAAAUCUGGCAGCUGCUGUCUCCCAGCAGUUGCAAAAAGAGCCUGGACAGCAGGUUCAGUUGAAGGCCCAAGCACUCAUCUACCCCGUACUGCAGGCUCUGGAUCUAAACACACCUUCCUAUCAGCAGAAUCAAGACAUGCCCAUUCUGCCCCGCUACCUUAUGGUGCGUUUCUGGAGUGAGUACUUCACCAGCGACAGGGCCUUUUUCAGAGCCAUGAUGGCCAACACUCACAACAACCCUGAGUCUUCCAGCCUGCUAAAGUUUGUCAACUGGAGCGCCUUUCUGCCAGAAACAUAUCGUAGAAAAUACAACUAUAGUGCUCCAACUGUGGUGCAGGGAGAGGACGCAUUUGGGAAGGGGGAACUAUCUCGAUCUCUCGCUGACCCGAGAGCUUCACCCCUGUUGGUUCCAGACUCUGCCUUGCACUCUCUGCCAAAGGCUUACAUUCUGACAUGCGAGUAUGAUGUUCUCCGGGAUGAUGGGAUCAUGUAUGUCACACGGCUUCGUUCUGCUGGUGUUGAGGUGACACAUGAACACUAUGACACCGGAUUUCAUGGAGGGCUAAUGUUCACAGUGUGGCCAACUGACUUCCUGAUUGCACGUCUUAUGACGGAAAACUAUAUCAAAUGGCUCAAUGAAAACUUGUAAAAAAACGCUUGACUACCAAUUUUCAUUCCAGCUUUCCCACACAAUGCACCGGAAUUUGGUAAGGGUUCAAAGAUAUGUUUUCUUCAAGAUUUUGUUGUUCAUUUCUUUUUCUUUGGUCAACCACAUUUUCUGUUAAUGUAUCAGCUUCUUCUGUUUUCCAUUCUUGUAUUGUAAUAGUUAAGAUACCAGCACAAAACUGGAUUUUUAAAGUACAGUUCUGAAUUGUUCAAAUAGGUUGGUUUGAGCAAAAUGUAUAUUACAUGAACAGUGAGUGCAGCUGGCACUUAAAACCUAAGAUAUUUUGUAUGUGUUUGCAAAACUCUAACUCUUGCUUAACAAUUCCUAGCAUUGCAUGAAGGAUUGGCAAGUUUUAUUGUGUUAAAAAUAAGGAACAAUAGCUCUUAGUUGUGUAACCUUUAUCAAUAAGGUACACAGGGAGAUGCUUACUGGUGUAGUUGAUGAUUUAAAAUGCAGUGUAAAUGGUAUCUUUAUGUACAUCGUAAUUGCUUUGUAAUCGCUGCACAUCAGGGCUACACACAAUGAUAUCUGAUGAGCCACAUUCCACGCAAAAACAUUGUUUUUUAGAAGUAAAUAUGAUACAGCAACAAUGUGCAUACACAGCAAACAUUAUUCACCCAUUUCCUUUACACAUCUUUGUGAUUGAACUUAGCUGAAUUAAAUGUAGAAAAUUAACAAAGACUCAAACAGCAAAUCAAGAGUCUAUAAUGUACUGUACAUGUGUUUGUGCGUGUGUGUGUGUGCGUGUUUGUCUUUGUUCAUGUAUGAUUUCAUUUUAGUGUGAGUUAACUGCUUAACAUUGCGGUCGAUUCAACCUUUUUGUUAACAAUGAAUAAGCUACUGUAAGUCCAAAUAGAGACCUACCUUUGUGUAACGGAUAUGGGCAAAUUAAGAAAAGGUGGCCAGGGUCAGCUUCAUGAUGAAAUGUGUAACAUUAACAUAGUCUAGGCAAAAUGAUAUUGCUGCCAUUAGAGGUGUAUGUUUCUGUGUAGGUAUGACUUCAGUUUGUUACCACUGAGUUUCUGAAUCUCUGCUCUAACAAUAUUAAAAAAUGCUGAAAUGUAUUUUCCCUGUGGCCCAACAAUUAUAUGAGGCAGCUUGAAACGAUUCACUUGUCCCUCCUUUAUCUUCUUGAUAUUUCUGUCUGUGGGCAGGGUAACCCUGCACACUAUCGGCAUAGCUAUCUAAAAGAUAACAGGGGGGUUACAGUGACUACACAAAUAAUCCAAUAAAGAAACAUCUCUGA